AUGUUGAGAAUACUUGGAAUAAAAACGGUUGCUUGCCGUACCCCAGGAGCACGCUUAUUUUCAUCGAAGCUUGAUUUGGGAUCAGCUCCAUCUCCACCAAAACUAGAUAAAGAAGAACAAGAAGAAUUCGAAAGACUACAAAAGAUUGCAAACUCACAAGCUGCUAUUGAAGAAUACAACAACUCAGUGGAUCCAGAAGCUGAACAUCCUAUAAAUGCCCCACAUUUGAAAAAAAGCGAUAUUGGUAACUUCUCACCAGAGUACUUCAAGACAAUACCUGAGUUUGAAGGUGAUGUUAACCCAAAAACGGGUGAGAUUGGAGGUCCAAAACAGGAUCCAUUGAGACAUGGAGACUACUCGUUCAACGGAAGAGUAACUGAUUUCUAA